CUUUGAUCGUAUCGCCACUGAUAACUCUGCAGUCGGUGGACAGGUAAAUAUACAACUCACGACCUGGUCUUCACAAGCUUAAUCCAAAAAUCACGAAAACAACGCCAAAGGACCAAAGGCAACCUUGACACUGAGACAGAAUGUAAAAGUGGUUACAUUGUGAUGGAGCCGUGUAGACCAGUACUAACGAUAUACUUGCUGCUGGCGUACCUAAUCGCCAAGCAGACUCAAGCGAUAACCCGUCCAACAGCCAUAAAACUGGAGAACAAUGGAUAUACUAAGGUUUUGUUUGCUAUACACCAAGACGUCACAGAGAGUCAACCACUACUGGACAAUAUUAAGGACAUGAUAACGAAGUCAUCAGCCUUCAUGUACACGGCAACACAGAAACGCGCGUACUUCAAAGAGGUUACCAUCCUUGUUCCGUCGACAUGGACGGGAAGCUACAGCGACGCGACAUCCGAGGUAUACACAAACGCCGACGUUGUUGUCGAGAAGGCCGGCAGUCGGUACGGCAGCGAGCCCUACAGUCGGACGUACAGUGGGUGUGGCAGGGCGGGCAUCAGGGUGUACCUCACUGAGGCAUUCAUGACCAGCUCGUCAGCAGUCGGACAAUAUGGACCGAGAGAAAAGGUUCUCACCCACGAAUGGGCUCACUUCCGGUGGGGCGUGUUUGACGAGUACCCACAACUAGGAGAGCAGAAGUUUUACUUCUCUCCCUCGACUGGUAAGAUGGAGGCGGUGCGUUGCAACAUCGAGAUCUACGGACAAAUAUAUAUACGGUAUCCUAACGGGACACUCAUCUUCUGCCGCGACCUUGACCCUCAUACUGGGCGGUUCCCGGAUGAUUGCUCUUAUCGGCCGGAUGUUCGCAGAACUAAAAGUGUUUCUUCCAUUAUGGACAGAGUGUCCAUCCCUUCGAUCGUGGACUUCUGUGACGACGAUCAGAGUAACACAGCCAAGGUCCACAACAGGGAGGCCCCCAAUAAACACAACCGGAUGUGUGGUCAACGCAGCACGUGGGCGGUCAUCUCGGAGACGGAGGACUUCAAGGGGGGUAACAAUCCCCCAAGGGACGGGAUAGAUACCACGCCCACUAUCAAGAUUGUGAAAGCAACCACAAAGAGACGUGUGGCACUUGUGCUGGAUACAUCAGGGAGCAUGCUGAAUGAGGACAAGCUUACCCGAUUACGGCAGACGGCCUCCAAUUUCAUCAUGAACGGCGUUGACAGCGACGCUGACGUCGGAGUAGUCUCCUUCAGCAGCACAGCCCACGUCAUCAGCCCCAUGACGCCGAUACUAAACAGCUCCGCUAGAUACGACCUGAAACUCUCCCUCCCUCAGACUGCCGUGGGGGGUACCAGCAUCGGCAAGGGGGUCAGGACGGCGCUUGAGAUGCUGAGGGACAACGGCGAGAACGCCAGUGGGUCUGCAAUAGUGGUGUUGACAGACGGUGUUGAGACAGUGCCCCCCUUUCUAAAAGACGUCCUACCGGAAGUAAAGCAGGCGGGUGCCAUUGUCAGUAUCAUGGCCUUCAGCUCCGACCCGGAUGACAACUUCGCCAGCUCCGCAACAGACACCGGGGGCCUAUUCUACUAUGACAGCAACGAGGCAGGUUCUACUUCUCUCGGCGACGCCGUGUUCGACAUCUACACCACCUUCAGGCAUGACAGACAAGACAACGCGGUUCAGUUGCUGAGCCGGGCCGCGGGUCUGGUGAAAGGAGAUAACAUUUCUGGUGAGGUUAAUGUUGACGUUGACAUCGGCAGAGACACACAUUUCUUUAUGACGUACCUACAAAGUGAACCUGACGUCACCAUUACGUCACCAACAGGGAGGAUGUACAAGAAAGUAUAUCCCGAGUACUCGUGUGAUAACGAAUUCAAGACUAUCAAAGUAGCCAUCCCUGAAAUUGCAGAGAGUGGACGGUGGAAAUACUCGAUGACCAGCACGGAUUCCGACUAUCAGAAGGUGUCCAUCAUGGUGGUAUCCAGACCAGUUGACCCCAAGAGGGCCCCCAUCAGAGUCGAGACGUCCAUCAUGUCCAGCAACACCAACUGGCCAGCACAGGUUAUCCUGUACGCUGACGUGACCAAGUCUGUACACCCUGUUACUGGACUGAGGGUGCAGGCAGUUGUGGAUAGACCUUUUGCAAAGCCUUAUAUUGUACACCUUCUUGACAAUGGAGCAGGCGCUGAUAUCACCAAAGACGAUGGAGUUUAUUCUCGAUAUUUUACCAAGUUUUCCGGAAACGGUCGAUACAGUGUUCGGAUCGAAGUAAGCGGAAAGGGUACACUCAAAACAUACCAGCAUCCAUCCAACACAGAUGGCUUUCUGUUGGAGGAAAACUUGCACCCAGGGCCCAUUGUUCGGAGGUCAGUCUUCUUGUACCCCCUGUCCUCGCCUGUCAGUCGAGUAACAUCAGGGGGAGCAUUUGUGGUCAGCCACCCCAACCUAACCAAGUCAUUUAUGCCAUUCGACCCUGCAAUGCUCAAGCGUGAUGACCUUGCUCCGGUCAGGAUCACAGACCUCAAGGUCAUGAAGACGUCACACCAAGAGGGCACUGUGGUGUUGUCGUGGACGGCGCCGGGAGACGACAUCGACUACUAUACAGCCCAGCGUUACCAGAUCCGUAUUGCUCCAAACGCUGACGACAUGAUCAACAACCACCCCACCGUCAGUUUAGUCUCUCAAAAGGAUGUUCUGUUUGGAGAUCUUGGAAGUCCAAAGCCAGCUGGUUCCAGUGAAGUGUUUAAGCUGAAACUGAACGUGCCGCCACUGACUAACGCCAGCUUCGUGUUCUCCAUCAGAGCCAUUGAUGACGUCGGAAAUUGGGGAGAUAACUCUAAUUAUGCUACAACUGCUUUUGGGUUUGUACCUGACUACACAGACCCUGACUAUGUAGCUCCAGACAUGGAGAAAUCGAGUCCAACCGGGCCCUCUAGUAGCCAGAAACUGGUUAUUUCAGGCGUUGUUGGGUGUUUGGCAGUACUAUUGGCGUUGGUGAUAAUGGCGUCGCUGGUGCUGUUCAAGUGUGGACGAAAACCGAACUAUGCUGAUGAGAAAAAACUAAAAGGUGGAAUAGUAUAGAAUUCCUUAUGUUACCGGUAGAUCCGUCUUCUAUUGUGAAUGGACAACAUCUACUUUAGUGAACAAAACAAGUUAGAGAUCAUAACUAUUUUGGGGGAUAUUGUUUUGAUGUGAAGACAAUGUUUUUAUGUUUUUCAUAAAAACAACACCCUCAAAAUUAUUCAUGAUCUCAAAUCUUUAUUGAUGAAAUGUUUUCUUCAGUAUAUUAUUGCCGCAAUAAACCCAGGCUGUUAUCUUAAUUCAUAAAAAUGCGAUUGUUCAUAAAUCAUAUAACUUCACACGCACACGCACACGCACACGCACGCACAUACAUUGUCAAUUGCGGAAACACUUGGGCUAGGUCAGACCAGUCCGUAGGGCACUGGAGGUCGACAUGUUAUACUCCGGACUGCUCGCCUCAAUAUCUCCUCAGAAACAUGAUUCGGCUAGAAUGUGAAUGUGGAAUAAAAAAAAUUAACAGUAUAAUAAUCAUCUGAUCAAGACCCCGAACACAAAAAAUAUGUAUGUGUUGUAGUAAAGGAUCAUAACACAGCAUUGAUAUUGGUUACAUGUACUCCCGGUGUUGAAAGAAGCGUCGAGGUAGCCGAGAUGUCAAAGCGUUAGAUUGUCACGGGCAGGAUUCGCGACCUGGUCACCGGUUUGAAGCCCAUUCUAUUUGUGACUGCGAUAGCUACAAAGGUGGCUUAAAGUCUCACUCACUCUACGUUUAUUUCUGUGGCGGGCACUACCGGUAGAGUGGGAGAUGCUUACACCGUUCGUGAACACCAUUGGUUUUCAGUGAUCCAUUUAUGUCAUUGUCACUACUAUUUUGACACCUAAUGGAAUUUGUUGAUGCAGAUAAUCGAGACUGGUUCUUCCUGGCGUUGACGUUCUCUAUUUACAUGAUAUCACAUAUUCCGUACUGCAGGGGCAAACUGUAGAAGAUGUUUACAUGAUAUCACAUAUUCCGUACUGCAGGGGCAAACUGUAGAAGAUGUUUACAUGAUAUCACAUAUUCCGUACUGCAGGGGCAAACUGUAGAAGAUGUUUACAUGAUAUCACAUAUUCCGUACUGCAGGGGCAAACUGUAGAAGAUGUUUACAUGAUAUCACAUAUUCCGUACUGCAGGGGCAAACUGUAGAAGAUGUUUACAUGAUAUCACAUAUUCCGUACUGCAGGGGCAAACUGUAGAAGAUGUUUACAUGAUAUCACAUAUUCCGUACUGCAGGGGCAAACUGUAGCAGAUAUUUACAUGAUAUCACAUAUUCCGUACUGCAGGGGCAAACUGUAGAACAUAUUUACAGAGCUUGUUAUUGCUAUUUCAUGGUUACAAACUGUGAUGGUUAAUAUGUGCGCUUCGCGCCCGAGUGGGCGGUAUCCUAGCUAUAAUAUGACGGCCUGUUAGUAACACAUCAUGAACUGUUACAACGCUCGUUUAGAAAAAUAAACUAUUACCAUCUGUUAAUUAAUCA